UUUAAUUUGUCAAUUUGUGAUUUCGAGUUUAGUGAUAUUUUUUUUGUGAUUUUUCUAAAAAAAAAGACUUGGAAUAUUGUUUUCAUUUGUUUAAAAUUAAAAAAUCGUGAUGCUGCCAUUUUGUAAUACAAAUAAAACAAUAUAUAUUAAUCCUAAUUUUAAAGGAAAACUGCCUACACCAGAUAAUGGUGUCUCAUUGCAAACACAAUCUGUAAUUCCCAAAAAUGCACAUAUAAAUCCUUUAUUCUUGGAAGCUCAAAAGUAUAGGCAGACAAUUCACAUGAAUCCAGCAUUUUUACAAAAAAUUCAAGAGCGCCAACAAAUGCAACUACUCCCACAACAGUUGCAGCAGCAAGAAGUGCAAGAUGCCAACAAGUGUAAAAACCUACCAGCACAAAAUGAUUCAAGUAACUUCCUGACGACUCAAUCAGCAAUAAAAUCAUUAAGUGAAAAGAACCCAAUAUCUGAAAGUCGUAAGAUUAUUUGCAAGUCUAAAAAUCGUUUAAUAAGGGAACCUUUGAUCAAAAAGGAAUGUCAGCCUCCAAAGCUAUCGAAACCUACUAUUCCGCUGCCGCCAUUGUUAGUAUUAAGCAAGCGUAAAUUAAUUAGAAAAGUGUCUCCUGUACCAGUAGCGUUUAAUAAAACUGAACCAAAGUGCUGCGAUGAGACUAAUACAAGGAUAACAAAAUACAAGUUGGAUAAUCGCGAUAUUCGGAAGAAAUCCAUACUUCCGCCCACACCAAAAAUUAAACGUACAUCCUUUGUAGGUCGCUUUGCACUGAGAAGAACUUCUAUAAGCCAAAUUUCUAAUACAUUAACUAGGAAAUCAUUAACAAUUAAUAAGAACACAAAUAAAAAGUUGCAAGUGCUUAACAUUAAUGGUCUGCUUUAUAAAUCUACACAAAACUCUUUAAAGUUGAAGGACAUGGGUACAAUUAGACCGUCUAAUACCUUAUUGAAAUCAUGUAAUACUAUUUUAUCCAGUGCAAAAACAUCUAACGAUAAUAUAAAACCAAAUCAAGGUCUAACUAUAUUCGUAAGAGGAACUAAAUAUGUAAUGGACGCUAAUAAAUUUAAAUUAACUAGAGUAACAAAAACUGAUAAUGCUCCCACCAAUAUUACGCCUAAUAAUAAUCAAUCAUCCCAAACACCAACUUGUAAACGAAUUGAUAUUGGCGGCUAUACCUAUAUAUCCAUUAAUUCGGCUAAAAACGUUCUGAUUCGUACAACAAAUCAUUUAUCUCGUGCUUACGUUCACAAUGCCAAACAAAAGAGUCUGCAAAUGCUAACGAAACGUUUGGUUAAAACUAAUAUACCGUGUCCCAUCUUCCAGCGUAUUGGCAAAUGUGCAGCAUUCGAAAGAGGGAAAUGUUUUAAAGUUCAUAAUAAGUUGCAAGUUGCUAUCUGCAGCAAAUUUCUACGUGGUGAAUGUCUUAAUACAAGCUGUUUAUUGUCCCAUAAUGUAUCGUUAUCAAAAAUGCCAGUAUGUAAGUUUUUCCUUCAAGGAGUAUGUGUUCGAAAUGAUUGUCCCUAUCUGCAUAAAAAAUUAAGCAACAAAGCUGAACUUUGCAUAGAUUUUCUAAGAGGUUUUUGCCAAUUGGCUGAUAAGUGUAAUAAACGCCAUGAAUUUGUUUGUCCUGAAGUUGAACGAAACAAUGUAUGCAACACCAAAAACUGUAUUUAUUGUAAUGCCAAACGGCGAAAAGAAUCCAAAAUAGAAAAGAAAUCAUUUAAAUUCCAAACUAAAGACGUAACACAUUCAAAUACACAAUUGUCCACAGCAAGCAGUUCGUCAGAAGUUGUAGAAAAUCCAUCUAGCAAUCGUUACUUCAUAGAGCCGUGUGAUAAAACAACUAAAGAUACAAAUGAAAGUAAUAAACAGAAUGAAGACAACGACACUGAUAUGGAUGUAGCAAGAGAGUGUUUUGAAGAAAAUGUUGAAAGUUGUCUAAAAACACGUCCAAAAUUGGGUGUUUUGCCAUCUUAUAUACCAUUGUGAUCGGAAGAGUGGAGGAAUGAAAGAGAUAUUCCAAACGUCAGGUACAAAAAUAUAUCACGUAUGUUCUUAAUAUAUUAAUUUUAUUUUUAGUUAUAUUUUGUCUUAUGACUCUAUUACGUUUUAUUGAUUAUUAUUGACUGCCGUGAGGUAGUCUAAUACUUAAAUAUUUUUUCAGAAUUAAAAAUAAAAGUGAUGAUUAUAUAAAAAUAAA